AUCCGGAAGGCCUGACCACCAUCAAACGUACCGUUGGACUAGCCCGGCAGAAGUGGCUGGGUGAGCUGUACAUACAUACAGCAAAAACGGAGAAUCUCGUGCACCUUGGUCUUGUUCACCUUUUCCUUAGCCCGAAACUAGACCCUUUGGCCUGCGCCUCGCAAGUUUGAUCGGCAGUUGAUAGAAUCUUGGUGGCUCACUAAACACAUUCCGGACCAGGAGAUAUUCCUCGAUCAGGCCCAUCAAUUGCCAAUCGCCUCGCACUAUUUCACGUGGCUUGAAGCUAUCUCCACGAACCCCGGACUUGUCAGACGUUGCUGCACUUCGGUAUCCGGCACCCCGACGCUUGUGUUGGAGGGAAGGCAAACCCCCAAGGACACUCCGUAGCUUCAUUUGGGGUCUUGAGUAUCUCAGAUCCUGGAGAAUAGCCCAAACGCUUAACUCCCACUGGACUUUGGCCUUUGCUGAUAUAUUGAGCUCGAUUCGCAAACCCCAUCCUAGGCCAAGAUCGAUUGGAUGUUGGCUGCAAUUAGGAACAAGAUGGGCGAUACCACGAAAGGCUCUCACGAUGUAUUCGUGGGCUCCAUUGAUCAGGGAACCACAUCAACUCGCUUCCUGAUCUUCAACCGAGAUGGCGAGCCUGUGGCUUCGCAUCAGAUCGAGUUCAAACAGAUCUAUCCACAGUCAGGUUGGCACGAACACGAUCCACUUGAGAUCAUAACGUCCGUAGAACAGUGUAUCGAAGGCGCUGUCAAAGACUUUGAAACUCAAGGGCAUUCUAGUGCAAAGAUCAAAGCCGUGGGGAUCACGAAUCAGCGCGAGACAACAGUCGUGUGGGAUUAUGAGACGGGCGAGCCGUUGUACAAUGCCAUUGUCUGGACUGAUACUCGCACUCAAGCAUUGAUCCGCAAAAUCAAGCUCCGGCUCGGUGCCGAUCGGCUUCAAGAGUUAUGCGGCCUGCCCUUAUCGACAUACCCCUCUGUCGGCAAGUUGUUGUGGCUCCUUGAGAAUGUCCCCAAGGUCAAAGAGGCCUAUGAGAAGGGCAACUUGGCCUUUGGUACUAUCGAUGCCUGGCUGGUCUACCGGCUAAACGGCGCGACCAAGAAGAAUGUCUUCGUGUCGGAUCCAACCAAUGCCUCUCGCACCUGUUUUAUGAACCUGAGAACACUGGACUAUGAUGAUCAGCUCAUUGAUUUCUUCCGGCUUGAUUCCAGUAAACUCCGCCUGCCAAAGAUCGUCCAGUCAUCCCAUCCGGAAGUUUACGGAAAGCUCGAGUCCGGAGUUCUGAAGGGUGUGCCUAUUACAGGAUGCCUGGGUGAUCAGUCGGCAGCAUUGGUAGGGCAGAAAGGGUUCACCCCAGGCCUAGCGAAGAAUACCUAUGGCACGGGAUGUUUCCUUCUGUAUAAUGUUGGCGACCAGCCUGUCUUCUCCACCCAUGGCUUACUCGGUACGGUGGCGUACGACUUCGGCAAGGGUAAACGCAUGUAUGCUCUCGAAGGCAGCAUCGCUGUUGCCGGAUCAAGUGUGAAAUUCUUGGUGGACAAUUUUGGUUUCGUGGAAUCUUCAAAUAAGAUUAGCGAAUUGGCAUCGACCGUCGAAGACAAUGGAGGCUGUGUCUUUGUGACUGCUUUCAGUGGACUAUUUGCACCAUAUUGGAUUGACGACGCACGAGGAACUAUUUAUGGCAUCACUGCCUACACACAGCGCGGCCACCUCGCCCGUGCUACACUCGAAGCAACAUGUUUCCAGACACAAGCGAUUCUGAGUGCAAUGGAGAAGGAUUCGGGUCACAAACUUGCCGAGCUUGCUGUUGAUGGUGGCAUGAGUAAUUCGGAUUUGUGCAUGCAGACACAAUCGGACCUGAUCCAGAUCCCGGUGAUCCGUCCCAAGAUGCGUGAGACGACAGCAUUGGGAGCGGCAAUUGCAGCUGGUUUGGCAGUGGGUGUUUGGGACAGCAUUGACGAAUUGAAAGACAUCAACGUCGAAGGCAGAACUGUGUUCAAGCCGCAAAUGGAAGAAGCGAAGAGCAAGGAAAUGUUUGGACGCUGGGAGAAAGCUGUUCAGAUGUCAAAAGGUUGGUCGUCAUAAUGUGCGUCUUCAAGUCUGAAGGGCUUCUGGGGUCGAGAUGGGCCGCGACGAUGAUGAAGAUUCCAGUUUUGGUAUGAUGAUACAAGGACAGGUUUGAUGAUACAGAAACGAAUAG